ACAACAUACCGGGAUCAUUUGUAAUAGGGACAAUCUUCAAAACGGACACCUUUAAAUACGUGUUUAUGACAUAAAGGAGUCGUUGGAGAAAAAGACCAUGCGUCGUGCAUUCAAAAUAUUCCUUUAUGGUUUAUGUUUCUAUCUUUUAGUCAGGAGCUUCUUUUUGUAUCACGAUGAUAUCACAAAAGAUACCAGUGAGAAACUUGAACGUCUUCAGGAUAACAUCGUGUCAUCGUCACAAGUGGAUAACGAUACAACUGAGGCAAUGAUAGGACUAGUAAUAGAAACAGAAAAUGAUGGUAAAAGUGAACCGAGUCAACAGUAUAACACACUUUCAACAUCAACUGAGGACAACGCUACUGCUACGGAGAUAAUAUCUGUAGAUAAAAAAGAAGAAAACGGGAAAACUGUAAUCAGUCCUCAUGAUUAUAAAUAUCUAAUUAAUGAGGAGAAAAUCUGUGCAAACGAUCCCUUUCUGUUGAUAUACAUUCAUACGGCUCCAGGAAACGUUGCCCGCCGGAAUAUGAUUCGUAAAACAUGGGGUGGUGUUAGAAGAAUACAAGGAUAUCGUACAGUACUUAUAUUUCUCUUGGGAGUCCCAUCAGAUCGGAGAAUUGAUGAAAGGGUUACACUAGAGAGCAAAAUACACCAUGAUAUAAUACAAGAAGAUUAUAUAGACACAUAUAGAAAUUUAACCCUGAAAGGAAUAAUGGGACUUAAAUGGGCCAUCAACUUUUGCUCUAAUGCAAAAUUUAUUUUGAAAACGGACGAUGAUGUUUUUGUAAAUAUAUAUCCACUGUUUGGCUAUCUGUUAAAGAUAACUAGAGAGAAUGCUACCAGUUGUCAUAACGUGUUGGGUUUGGUUCGGCCAUUUGUUAAGAAAGAUCUAUAUCCCCCGUAUUGUUAUGGUCUAGCUUACGUAUACGCCAUGUCCACUGCUAAACCAAUAUAUACAGCAUCAUUGUAUGAACCGUUUUUCUGGAUUGAUGAUGUUUUUAUAACUGGAGUACUUGCCAAAAAAGCUGGUGUAAAAUUGACCCAGCUGGAUUAUAAAUUCCCUCCAAAAAUAAUAAUUCCCAGUGAUGGACCAUUAAGAGCGUUGAAAGAAAAUAAGGACAAGUACACGUUUGUCUUGCUCCAUGAUCUACACAAGUACCCAUCUCGUAUGACCGAACUUUGGAACACCGUGUCGUCAUAACAAAUGGAUAACAAAAUUGUCACAUUACUGAAAAGAUCAUGAUCGUAUAAACUAAAAUGGGUUUGCAUACUUAUUUAUUUUGUAUUUCAUUAAAGAUACUCGUUAGAUAUUUACGGUUGUUUCUCAUUUUUACAGAAAAAAGCUACCCUCAUGGUAGAGAUUAAAAGGUGGAUUGGAUCGAGUGAAUUGGAUUCAUGUAAAAGGUGGAUUGGAUCGGAAAUCUUCAAAAUAAGGAAUUUCUAAUUAAAAUUUUCUGUCGAUUUCCCUCUAGGCAAUUUCCCUCUACUGUAUUACAGGUCCCUAUUGAGAAAUCAGAACAAAGCAAUGACAAAUACAUACGCCAAUUACGCCCCUACCUACGGGAUCUGUUUUCGAACUGUA